AUGGCAGACUGCUGGGAAGAAAGAGAAACACUUUCACUUGACAACCUAUUUUAUCUUAGGAAAUUGAGUCAAGAAGAGUAUGAGCGGCAAGAAAGAGAGCAGCAGCUGUCAACUGCAGAUGAGAAGGCGGUUUUGGCUGCAGAGGAAGUAAAUCCUUACAAGCAGAGAAUUGAAGAAAUGGAGGAAGAAUUGCAGAAAACAGAGCGCUCAUUUAAAAACCAGAUUGCUGCUCAUGAAAAAAAAAGUCUAAAAGUUCGUGCUGCGUAAAGCGCUAUAGCUGAAGAGAAAAUGGAAGCUGCUGACCUGAGACACAAAUUAUUGGAAAUAACUCAAAAGGUGGCACUGCUGCAAGAAGAGCCUGUGAUUAUAAAACCAAUGCCAGGAAGAAGAAACACACAGAACCCUCCACGGAGAGGUCCUCUGAGCCACAAUGGCUCGCUUGGCCCAUCCCCUGUGAGUGGUGGAGAAUGCUCCCCUCCACUGGCAGCAGAGCCACCCAGGAGGCCUCUUUCCACUACACUCAACCGAAGAGAUAUGCCUAGAAGAGAAUUUGUGUCAGUGGACAGGCCUCUGUCUCAUCCUCAAUGGUCUUCUGAGGUGUGUGGGAAACCCUCUGCCUCUGGUAAGGGACCUAAGUCUGGUGCAGCUGCCGUGAUGAACAGCAACUCAAGAAGCUCUUCCCCUUCUAAGGUGAUGGACAAGGGCAAGGUAAAUGCUCCAGUGUUGGGGGCCUGAAGCCACACCCCUUCUUGUGAGACCGCUCCUACUUGACAAUCU